AUGGAGCACAUUGACCUGCCCGCACUGCGCGAUCAUUUGAUCGCCAUCGCCCUCAAGGCCGGCUCGAUGAUCACACAGGCUUCGUCAACGACGUCGACGUCGAGCUCGAUGCCCAACAACGGCAACAACAAUAAUGGCCCUUCCACGAAGAAAAACUCGGCCGACCUCGUGACCGAGACGGACAAGGCAGUCGAGGACUUCAUCUCGCGCGACCUCAAGGCCGCGUAUCCGUCCUUCCACUUCAUGGGCGAGGAGACGUACGUGCCGGGCCAGAAGCUGGGCGCCGACCCGACCUUCAUCGUCGACCCCAUUGAUGGGACCACGAACUUCGUCCACGGUUGGCCCUACGUCUCGGUAUCCCUGGGUUUCGCGGUGGCCCGGGAACCCGUCGUCGGCGUCGUGUUCAACCCGUUCACGGGCCGCCUGUACCACGGGGUGAAAGGGCAGGGGUCUUUUUUGCGGAUCAUUCGCGACGGAGGGGCUGAGGGGCAGGCGGCGGAGGAGGAUAGGCGAUUACCGCUCCGACAACCGGCCGCACUGGUCGGGUUGGACGGGUGUGUGGUGGCGAUCGAGUACGGGAGCGAUCGCAGCGGGCAGAAUUGGCGGACGAAAGUCGACACGUGGGCCGCGUUGGGGGCGAGUAAGGACGAAGGCGGCGCGAUGGUGCAUUCCGCCCGGGCGCUGGGGUCGGCGGCGCUGAAUCUCUGCGGCGUGGCCGAGGGCACGUUGGACGCGUACUGGGAGGGAGGAUGCUGGGCUUGGGACGUCUGCGCCGGGUGGGUGGUUCUCAAGGAGGCCGGAGGCGUCAUUGUGGAUGGGAACCCGGGGCAGUGGGAGAUCCCCGUCGAUCAUCGCAAGUACCUUGCUGUCAGGGGCGCCGAGGGUAGCAAGGGCCAGAGAGAGCUGGUCGAGGAGUUCUGGGGGUUUAUCAAGGGACCGAUGGAGUAUGAGCAUUGA